GAGUUUAUGCAUGAGAGAGUUUAAAAAUGCUCUUGCAGAAGCUUCUGGUCACUCCGUGUUUCACCAUGAUCCUGCUGGUGUUGCUUCUCACCGCCUCUGAGGUGGUCCGUGCUCAGAAGGUUCAGGGUGAGGAGAAGGAUGGUUCGUGUGUGUGUCAGGUGAACAGCACCAUCUGGGCUUUUCCUGCUAUUAAAUAUGAAGAAGUCACAAAACUACUGCAGACCAGCCAGACCUCACUGCAGAACUUCCAACUACAGGUGGUGACGACCAAUAAAGAGCUGCCUAAGCUGCAGGAUAGGCUGGAGAACUUGACGGCACGUGUACAGCACUUCCAGUACCUGAACACACACGGCCUGUACAACGCCCUGCACCUGCGGCAGCUCAGCCAGGAGCUCCAGGAGCUUCACCAGAGCAUCAACCAGACUCACCGGGACAGACCUGGAGCCGAAACUCAGAAACUACGCACUGAGUUGCAGACGUUUCAGGAAGACGUGGAGAAGAUGUACAGAGAUGACAUUUUCAACAUGGAGUCGGUGAGAGAGAGGCUGCGGUCUUUUAAUAACCGUGUUCAGAACUGCAGGACCAUUCCAGAAGACUUCAGGAGUAAGGGCUCCUGUUAUCAUCGUAUUAUGAAAAACAUCAGCUCUCCAGUGAACACCAAGCUGAGUCCAUACGGAAAGUCCUACAUCUCUGGGGGUUGGGGUCGGGACACCAGCGCCACCAGCGAGAUGGAAAGAUACUGGGUCCAGCCUUUGGUCAGCGGCCACAGGUUUGGCAACAUCAUCCGCCUGUACCAGUCGUUUGAGGACUUCAUGUCUGGUAGAAACUACAAGGAUGAAAUCAUAGCUCCCUCAUACAGUCAUAGUGAUGCGGUUCAAGGCCCGGGCACCAUCAUGUACGAUGGCGUUGUGUACUAUCAGUGCUACACCGCGGCAGAGCUGUGCGGCUUUGACCUCCAGACCAAGAAGGUCCAACGCCUCAAGCUGCCUGACGCCGGAAUCAACAACAAAUUCCCAUACUGCUACUACACCUGCCGCGACUGGACCGACAUCGACCUGGCGGCAGACAGCCAGGGCCUGUGGGUGAUGUACUCCACCGAAGCUAACCAUGGGAACAUGGUCCUGAGCCGAGUGGACACCGAACACUUCAACAUCACGCACACCUGGAAGACCAGGCUCUUCAAACGCUCUGUCACCAACGCCUUCAUGGUGUGCGGCGUGCUGUACGCCACGCGCUAUGUUGACCUAUACAGAGAGGAGGUGUUCUACGCCUUUGACACGACCACCGGGAUGGAGGACAACAUGCUCUCCCUGCCACUGGAGAAGGUUUCAGCCGGCAUCGCCAACCUCCACUACAACCCCACCGACAUGAAGCUCUACAUGUACAACGAUGGCUACCUUAUGGCCUACCAAGCGUUCUUCUGAAGAGAUCGAACAGGAAACGAACUCAAGACCAAGUUUAUUCAUAAGGCAGGAUUUUAUAUUUCUACUUAACUGGUAAAAAUAUAUAUAUACUCCAAUGUGUUUUGCAUGUGAAGGAAUAAAUAAAAUAAAUAAAAUAAAUAAAUAAAAGUGUUGUGACUGGUUGUUUUUCUGAUUUUUUAAAUGUUCGUUAAUGGUAGCCCAACAAUUCCCAGUCAAGAUUUUUUCCCCUCCAUUCUGAUCUGAAAAAUGUUGAUUAUCGGCAUUCCGUACUUUUGGGAUGAGUUGGGAAGUUGGGGAUGAGAUGAUGAAGAAGAGGUGGGAUGGUGGUCUUCAUGCAAUAUUGUGGCUUCACUAAGGUUUUUGUCCUUUUGUCACUGAAUCCAAACAAAUCCUCACAGCAAUUCUCUGAAAUCCAAUUGAAAGCCUUCCCCAAACAGUAGAGUUGUAGAGUUAUGCCAACAAAAGUAAGAUGAAAUCUUUUUUUUUUUUUUCAGAAGAAAAAUAAUCCUGAGAAGACGUUCCAAUACUUUUUCCCAUCUACUGUACUUUAUAAUGUAUAUGGAAAUGUGUGGUGUUAAUCAAUUAAAAAAAUAAUAUUAGGAUUAUCCCAACUGAAUUCAGUCAUUAAUCUCACUUCAUCACUUAAUCACACCUCUUCUUCUUCUUCUAAAGACUAAAGCAUUCUGAUCUGAAAACCAUGCCACUAAUUGUUGACAGAUACAGUGUCAAUCAGAUCCAGUGAUUCUGUAAAUAAUGAGGCCACAGACUGUAAAAUGGGCUACUAAUUAAAGUUUUUGU